UGCGACCCAUUGGACAUCAUCCAUCCAUUCAUCCAACUUUCCAACGUCGGACUCAUCCAACUUGGGAAGCGUGCACUAACUACACAUUCCGUCGAGAGGAAACUAUCUGCUCGACAACCUAUACUUAUCAGAGAAGUCUUAGUCUGACAACACUCAAAACCUUCCAUCAUGGCACCCAAGAAGAAGGCCCAGAAGAUGGCUUUGGCCGACUUCUUCGCAGAUGCGGCCUCUGGAUCAUGGGCCGACGAAAUGGACAAUGUACCCACUGCGCCGGCUGCGAGAGCAGAAGGUACUGCUCCUAAACGUGGAGAGCCUGGAUACCUCGAUUCGAUGCCUGAUCGUGGAGCUCGACCGACCUUCACUGGUGGCCCGCCUCGAGAAGAGCUACCGCUACCUGAUGUACCGCCCUUCACUGCGUUUAUCGGCAAUCUCGUUUUCGAGGUUGAAGAGGACUCCCUUCGAGACUUCUUCGCAGAGCAAUCACCCACUUCUGUCCGUUUGGUCAAGGAUCCUACUGGGAAACCGAAAGGGUUCGGCUAUGUCGAGUUCAGUAAACGCGAUGAUCUCAAAGCUGCAUUGGAGAAGAACAUGCAACAGAUGAUGGGACGCACUAUCAGGAUCAGUGUCGCUGAUGCGCCCGCCAAGAGGGAAGGAUACCCUGGUUCCGCCGCGGACGGAGCUGACCAAUGGCGUCGAACGACCCCAUUGCCCGCUAGGGCUGAUGCGCCUCAAGCUGCCCGAAGGACCUCAUCAUUCGCUGAUCGACCCGAACGCGAAGGAGGACCAGAUCUCGAUUGGGGUUCAGCCAGAGGAUCCAGAUUUGUCCCUUCCGCUCCCCAUUCCCCCUUGAGACGGGAUUCAUCCGGACCAGGAAGAGAAAGAGGUGGACCAGGAGGUGCAGAAUAUGGUCAGCCUAGUGCAGCCGAUGAAGCUGGACAAUGGAGGAGCUCGAGACCUAUGGCAGAGCCUCGUCAGAAUCGGGAUGGUAGCACGUCGGCGGGUAGAGGAGGACCCGGCGCGGGAUUACACACGGGUGAAAGUAGUCCCAGUCUGGCCGAAACCGAAGCGACGUGGUCUCGAGGAUCCAAACUCCGUACGCCUAUCGUUGACGAGACGCCACAAUCUGCCGCUACGGCUUCACCGGCUGAAGAACGAGACUGGCGAUCGUCUCGAGCCACAUCGGCCGUCCCAUCUGCUGAUGGCGGAAGUCCCAGCCAACCUCCCCCUGCUCCUGUCGAACGACGUAAAUUGACCCUCGCUCCUCGAUCUGUACCUGCCACUCCAUCCACUGCGACAACCGCCGCGACUUCAGGCGGGGAUGGAUCCAAGGAUUCUCGAUCCAGCAUCUUUGGCUCCGCUAAACCUAUCGAUUCCGCUACGAAGGAACGAGAAGCUGAGGAAAAGCUCGCUCAAAAGGAAGAGGAGCGUCGUAAAGCGAGAGAGGAGGAAAUUCGGAGACAAAAAGAAGACGAGGAGAAAGGUCGACUGUUACAGGAGGAGAAGGCCAAAAAGUUCAAAGAGGAACAAGCCAAAGCCACAUCCGCAGCUCUCGCGGCUCAUGGCCUUCCACCUAAUCCGGCGGGUACAGAUGCUCAAUCUGAACGUGCUGCAGCUGGAGCUGGUGGUGGUGUCGGGGCCGGGGCACAGAGGCGAGGUGGUGGACCCGGUGGGAAUGCUUGGCAAGGUCAAGGGCCGAGAAGGACAUCCAGUGGGAAUGUGCAUGAUGCUCAACGAGAUGGUUCAGGACCCAGACGUCCUUCUGGACCUGGAGGAGCGACUGGUGGACCUAGACGAUCAAGUCAAGAUAACGUUGGACGUGGUGGUUCAGGCGCCACUUCAGCAGGACGACAGACGGCUCGAUCUCCCCCCGCCGCGACUGUCGGAGAGGAUGGAUUUGAAAUUUCGAGAUCCAAGGCUAAAGUCGAGAAGAAGGAGGCGCCCAAACCAGUACGGAAGGAGAGUCAAACUCGACCUGGAUUCAGCUUUGCAGCUGCUGCCAAUUCUUUCGGGCUAUUGGAUGAAGCUGGAGAAGAGGGUGGAGAUGAGGAGAAGUCAGAGGAAAAGAAGGAGGGAGCAGAGCUCAAUGGAAAAGAGCAAAAGGAUGAGAUCAAAGAGAUCACAAAUGGAGUCAAGGAGGUCUCUGUCUGAUGAGACUCUUCUCCGGUUGGUCGGUUGGUGAAAGGGAAACGUUUGAUGGAGGUUGAGGGGAGGGAGCGAUGGUAGGAACGCAAAGAUGAUCUCAAUUACUGCUGUGGUUUGAUGAUGCCGUUUGUGAAUGUUGCUAUUUUGCUUGGAGCGGUGCGAAAAUGAUCCAACCGUUGAGGACCUCCAAGACGGCUGGACGUCAAGGAUUCAGUGACCUCCUUAAAUACACUCGUACCACUCAUCUUCUCACUUGAUCAUCCACCAGAAUCGUAACAAUAUGACAUGCGAUACAUCUCCUAACGACGUGGUGAGAAAGGAUAAGUCGCGGUUUCACGGGUCCUCACAUGUACACAUUUCGUCGUUCACAG